GGUCCGAGGUUCUGCCGGGCAGAGGGCGGCUCUGAACUCCCCUCCCUCUUUCUCUGCUCUCUCCUCUGCUCCGGCACCGGCACACACCGCACCGUCGGGCCCCGGCGUGGGACGCAGCUGCUGCCGGCAGCCCGUGCCCGCCUCGCCCAUGGCGGGGCCGCGGGACCCCGCGGAGCGCUGCUCCUGCCGCAACACCAACUGCGUGGAGCGGCCGCUGCGCCGGCUCUUCGAAGGGCUGGCGAGCGCCGUGGCCGCCUGCCCCUGGCCCUUCGUGCUGGUGCCGCUGCUGCUGUCGGGCGGGCUGGGCGCCGGCUUCCUCUUCCUACCGCGGCGGCAGGCGAACGACAUCGAGGGGCAGUUCACGCCGACGUGGGGGCCCGCCAAGGCCGAGCGCGACUUCGUGCGGCGGCACUUCCCCACCGACGACUCGGAGCGCUUCUCCGCCCCGCGGCUGCCCACCGAGGGCGCCUACGCCGCCCUCAUCGCUGUGGCGACGAACGGGACCUCGGUCCUGGAGCCGGCGGCGUGGGCAGAGGUGCUGCGGCUGAACGCCGCCGUGCACGACGCCGAGUACGAGCGGCUCUGCGCCCGCACCGCCGGCGUCUGUGCCAGCCCCAACCCGCUGCUGUCGCGGCGGGGCGAUGCGGGACCGCCCGCCCCGGGGAGCCUCCGCUUCCCCGUCAACGGCAGCGUCUUCCUGGGCGCCGCGCUGGGCGGCGUGGAGACGGACGGCGGGCGGGUGCUCAGGGCGAGGGCCCUGAAGCUGGUCUAUUACCUGCGGGAGGACGGCCCCGAGGCGCAGGACAGCCGGCAGUGGCUGGAGAGCUUCCUGCAGAGCAUCACUUCCAAAGUGGCGGAGCUGCGCCUCGGCUCCGUUCAGGUGACUUACUUUACCUCACUGUCCAGACAACAGGAGUUUGAAGGAAAUACCAAGAGUGUGAUCCCACUCUUCUCCGUGACAUAUUUCUUAACAAUAAGCUUUGCAGUCAUCUCUUGCUUAAGACUGAGCUGUAUAAGAAACAAUAUCUGGCUUGCAAGCUGUGGAGUGCUUUCUUCUGGCUUAGCUGUAUUAAGCAGCUUUGGAUUGAUGCUCUUCUGUGGAGUACCAUUUGUGGUCACUGUAGCAAAUGCACCAUUCCUGAUUCUGGGGGUUGGCGUUGAUGACAUGUUCAUCAUGAUUGCUUCCUGGGAACAAAGUUCAAGGAAAAAAGAGAAAUCCAGUGUUAAAUCCCUGCUGGCUGAGACUUAUGCAGAAGCAGCACUUUCUGUAACCAUCACCACUCUGACAGAUGUUUUGGCCUUCUUCAUUGGCACCUGGACUGCUUUUCCGUCCGUGAGGUCUUUUUGCCUCUAUACAGGGACAGCUUUUGUCUUCUGCUAUGUAUACACCAUGACCUUCUUUGGGGCAGUUCUGGUAUUAAAUCACAAAAGGGAGCAAGGGAACCGACACUGGCUGACUUGUAUGCGUGUGGAUGUAGAACAGGCUGAGAACUCCUGCUUGUACAACGCCUGCUGUAUCGGCAGCUGUUCUAGGCAGCCAUCUCAGCCAGAAGGGGAGCAUCCAAUGAGCGUAUUCUUUAAACAGUAUUAUGGCCCUUUUGUUACAAAUAAAUGGAUCAAGGUGCUCGUGGUGUUGCUCUAUGGAGCAUAUUUGGGUGGCAGUGUUUAUGGGUGUACUCAGAUCAGGGAAGGCAUCGAUCUCCGAAAUCUGGCAAAUGAUGCCUCCUAUGUUAUUCCAUACUAUGAUGAUGAUGACAAAUACUUCUCCACAUAUGGACCCAGGGUCAUGGUUGUCAUUACUGAGAGUGUAGAUUACUGGAAUGAGUCGGUGCGUCUUGGCAUUGAGAGCUGCACACAAAACUUAGAGAACAUUUCCUAUGUAGAUAAGAAUCUCUCCGAGUCAUGGCUGAGAGUAUACACAGUACUUGCCAAAAGGAGUUUGAUAAACAUAAACAGUAAGACUGACUUCUUAAAUAACUUAACUAUACUGUUCAGAAUUGUUCCCAGUUUUGGGUGGGACAUAAACAAGACUCAGGAUGAAAUAGAGGCUUCACGUUUCUUCAUCCAGACAGUGAACGUGACAUCAGCCGUGGAUGAGAAGAAUCUCCUCAACCAGUUAAGAGAGGCAGCCAAGCAGUGCAGCAUUCCACUGAAGGUGUAUCACCCAGCCUUCAUCUACUACGACCAGUACCUGGUGAUAGUGCAGAACACUGUUCAGAACGUUGUCGUUGCUGCCGGGGCCAUGCUCGUUGUCUCCCUUCUGCUCAUUCCCAACCCGCUGUGCUGCUUGUGGGUGACCUUUGCUAUAGCCUCUGUUAUCGUUGGCGUUGCUGGUUUCAUGACCUUCUGGAACGUCAACCUUGAUUCCAUAUCCAUGAUCAACCUGGUCAUUUGCAUUGGGUUUUCAGUAGAUUUCUCUGCUCACAUUUCCUAUGCCUUUGUUACGAGUGGAGAGUCGUCAGCCAAUAAAAGGGCAAUUGAAGCUCUGUCCCUGCUAGGUUACCCAGUUCUGCAAGGUGCAGUUUCUACGAUAUUGGGUGUAGUUGUCCUGGCUGCAGCGAACACCUACAUCUUUAGGACAUUCUUCAAGAUCAUGUUCCUUGUUAUUUUGUUUGGGGCUCUUCAUGGUCUUGUUUUUAUUCCAGUGUUUUUAACAUUUUUUGGAAACUUUGGCAGAUCACCCAAUACCAAAUCUAAAAAACUUGAGCUUGAGAAAUUAUAAAGGUUGUUUGUGACUAAGUUUAAUGUGUUCUAAUUUAUAUUUAUUAUAUGUAGAUUCAAUUGUAAUGACUGUCAGGGAAUAUAAGACAUUAAGAAAAUGAAAGACAAUAAACAACAGGGAAGCAAAGGUUUCAGAAAAGCCAGGCAAGAAAAAUAAAUUAAAACUUAGAGAUUGCAUUUGCAUUUCUCAUUUUUGUGUCGUGU